AAGACAUUUUCUGAUGAAAAACCUUCUGUCCUCUUUGCUCGCUUCUGUUGCUCUGAAAAGUGGAUUUAUGCAGACCGUUUAAACGUCGUACUGAUCUAAUAUAAAUCGGGUUAUAAAACGAUGCCUGUGAUUUAGUGUUUUAGGUGUGAAACGGAAACGGCUAAUCCGGUGAUUUAGCCGCGGUGCUAAUCUGCUGCUGCACGGUGUUGUUAUUCAUGACAGACGCCUUUGUCUAAGAAAAAAAAAAAUAGCAACGCGGGACAUUUUCGUCUCCCAAAUCUCCCUCGCUGUUGCUUCUUGGAGGAUUUUGGUUGUUUAUUUUUUGCAUCUUUGUUGUUGAAACAUGUCUCUGCACGGUAAGAGGAAAGAGAUUUAUAAAUACGAGGCGCCGUGGACGGUUUACGCCAUGAACUGGAGCGUCCGGCCUGAUAAACGCUUUCGACUGGCUUUAGGCAGCUUUGUGGAGGAAUAUAACAACAAGACCAUUUUUGAAGACCAGCUCCAGCUACGACUCCAACGCGACGUCUCGUCUGUUAGACGUCGUACUUGGGUGCAGCUCGUGGGUCUGGAUGAGGAGAGCAGUGAGUUUGUGUGCAGGAACACGUUUGAUCAUCCGUACCCCACCACCAAGAUCAUGUGGAUCCCAGACACCAAGGGUGUUUACCCAGACCUGCUGGCCACCAGCGGAGAUUACCUUCGUAUCUGGAGGGUAAAUGACACAGAGACGCGUCUCGAAUGCCUCCUCAACAACAACAAGAACUCCGACUUCUGCGCUCCUCUGACUUCUUUCGACUGGAACGAGGUGGAUCCCAACCUUCUGGGAACCUCCAGUAUUGACACCACCUGUACUAUCUGGGGCUUGGAGACAGGACAGGUGUUGGGGAGAGUCAACCAGGUGUCGGGACACGUCAAGACCCAGCUGAUCGCCCACGACAAAGAGGUGUAUGACAUCGCCUUCAGCCGUGCAGGUGGAGGACGUGAUAUGUUCGCGUCGGUCGGAGCGGACGGCUCGGUACGCAUGUUUGACCUCCGUCACCUGGAGCACAGCACCAUCAUCUACGAGGAUCCUCAGCACCACCCGCUGCUCCGCCUCUGCUGGAACAAACAGGACCCCAACUACCUUGCUACUAUGGCAAUGGACGGCAUGGAGGUGGUCAUUCUGGACGUGCGUGUGCCGUGCACGCCUGUGGCUCGGCUCAACAACCACCGUGCAUGUGUAAACGGCAUCGCCUGGGCCCCUCACUCCUCCUGCCACAUCUGUACUGCAGCGGACGAUCACCAGGCCCUGAUAUGGGACAUCCAGCAGAUGCCUCGCGCCAUCGAGGACCCGAUCCUGGCCUACACAGCCGAGGGCGAGAUCAACAACGUGCAGUGGGCGUCCACUCAACCCGACUGGAUUGCCAUCUGCUACAACAACUGUCUGGAGAUUCUGCGUGUUUAACAGUGCCGCCGAGGCCGCCACUGCUACUGACCCCGUCUCUCCUGCCAUCACCACCAACACCACCACCACCAUCAGUACCACCACAGAGAGCGGGGCCAGUCCCAGCGAGAGCCACAACAACGGAGCAGCAGCCAGAGUCAGACCUGGAGCCGGAGCCAGAGCUGGGGUCUGGUUUCUGUGCUGCUGUAAAGGAGUGGAGAUGGCAGGAGGACUCGGCUAAAGGACAGGAUUCUGGGCUUGUGUGUGUGUGUGUGUGUGUGUGUGUGUGUGAAUGUGUUUAUAGAUGCAUACCUGAGCGUAAGCGUGUGUGUUUAUUUCAUUCGUACAUUUUGAAGUGUUGAUCUGUUCGUGUUCGAGCCGUUCCGGUUUGAAGUCUAGUUAUUCAGCGAUGGCGUGUGUAGAUAUUUCUGCAUUCAGAGACCAGAGUGUUUUAUUUUUUUUUUUAUUUUUUUUUUUAUUUUUUUUAAAAAUAACGAUGUUACUCAGUGUAAUGCAUCUUGCAUUUCAAGUAGAAGAUUAAGACUAGUUAACAAGCAGCAGCACUGAUUUUUCACUCAGUAUGAUACUCUAUUUAAUCAGAUUGCAACCAAGCACACGUCUUGACUGUAAGCGCCGCUGCUAAGCUGGUGUUUUUAUAGAAUUACCGUAUUUUUGACCAACGUGGUGCUGAUGCUCAAACUUUCCUAACGAGAGAUUUCGCUUCAUUUAAAAAAGAAAACACAAAGCAGCUGAUUUAAGAGGCGAGAACGAAACAUGGCUCCUUCUUCCGUUAACGAUCAUCCAAAGCGCUCGCGUCUUAUUUAAAUGACCGAAGUAGCUAGCAUGUUCGGGCAGUUGUCAUAGCAACACAACACAACGGCAUGUCUCUGUUUUCAGCAGGUCUGUUUUUUAAAGCCGCACCGAAGCCGAUUACGACAGGAUUAAAGGGAAAGACGGAGUGCAGGCUACAAAGGAACGACGCAUUCACACGUUUCAAAAACGACAAGAAAAUCCUUUCCCCCUCACUUCACUUCACAGAAGUUCACGCUUCUUCACUUUUUAUUUUUUAGUUUCAAAGCAUGUUCGUGCUCGACGUGAGAGAUGUACAUACGUAUAUAAAUAUUAUAAAUAAGCUAGAGGAAAGCGUUCAUGUAACUUUUGCAUACAGAUCCUCGUUCUUCACGGCGAGCUCGUUGUAAGCGGUUCACUAACUGUUCAGUAACUGUUCAGUAGCUGUUCAGGAACUGUUCAGGAGCUGUUCAGUAGCUGUUCAGUAACUGUUCAGUAGCUGUUCAGGAACUGUUCAGUAGCUGUUCAGUAGCUGUUCAGUAACUGUUCAGGAACUGUUCAGUAGCUGUUCAGUAGCUGUUCAGUAGCUGUUCCCUCUUCUCUGAAAAGAAGUGUGUAUGUGAUUACAUCUGUGUGCCCAACUGCAAUGUUUUUCUAUUAAUAAACUCGCAUCGUUCUUCCA